AUGAAGACCGCAAUUCUCGCCGGUUUCCUCAGCACGGCUACCCUCCUCGUCACCGCCGCACCAUUCGACCAACCCGUGCACGCAGACGUGGUUCGGAGGGAUUGGAGAGACUUCCUCCACGCCGCUCCGUACGCCCUUACCGGAACCGCGACGACCUCCACCCUUUCUGGCCAUUCCUACCCGACAGGCACCGGUGUGCCUCUCAGGCCGUCUGGCAUGCCCUACCCAUCGGGCACUGCUGCCCCUUCCAGCACCGGCUCGUCUGCCGCGUUCAUGAGGAUUUCCCCCGAAAUCCAACAUCUCCAUUAG